CUCACCUAUGUCCUGAAUCAGAGGAUUUUUCUGUUGACAGCUCUGGAUUGUUUGGGUAGAUACUGACAGGGCAGAUACCGUCCUCACAAUACCUGCCCAGAAAGACGAGAAAGAGGAGGAAGAAUUCCUCCUUCCACCAGGAAUUCUGUGGGAAGCACAUAAGAUUUCAUGCUACUAAUUUAUUCCCAAGAGAAGCUACCAAAGCCUGGUAACUCUACCAACUCUAACUUUUGUGUCUGUAAGUGCUCUUCUCCUGGGAUUACAACUAAUUGAAACAGGAAUUCAAAGGAGUCUCAGAGGACUGUAAGAAGAAUGCUUCGAGGCCGAUCCCUGUCUGUAACAUCCCUGGGUGGGCUUCCCCAGUGGGAAGUCGAAGAACUUCCUGUGGAGGAGUUACUGCUCUUUGAAGUUGCUUGGGAAGUGACCAAUAAAGUUGGAGGCAUCUAUACUGUGAUUCAGACAAAGGCCAAAACAACAGCAGAUGAAUGGGGAGAGAACUAUUUUCUGAUAGGUCCAUAUUUUGAGCAUAAUAUGAAGACUCAGGUGGAACAGUGUGAACCUGUAAAUGAUGCUGUCAGAAGAGCAGUGGAUGCAAUGAAUAAGCAUGGCUGCCAGGUGCAUUUUGGAAGAUGGCUGAUAGAAGGAAGUCCUUAUGUGGUGCUUUUUGACAUAGGCUAUUCAGCUUGGAAUCUGGACAGGUGGAAGGGUGACCUCUGGGAAGCAUGCAGUGUCGGCAUUCCUUAUCAUGACCGAGAAGCCAAUGAUAUGCUGAUAUUUGGAUCUUUAACUGCCUGGUUCUUAAAAGAGGUGACAGAUCAUGCAGAUGGUAAACAUGUCGUUGCCCAAUUCCAUGAAUGGCAGGCUGGAAUUGGACUGAUCCUUUCUCGAGCCAGGAAACUUCCUAUUGCCACAAUAUUUACAACCCACGCUACACUACUUGGGAGGUAUCUCUGUGCAGCAAAUAUUGAUUUCUACAACCAUCUUGAUAAGUUUAACAUUGACAAAGAGGCUGGGGAAAGGCAGAUUUACCACCGGUACUGCAUGGAGCGAGCUUCCGUUCAUUGCGCUCACGUGUUCACCACGGUUUCUGAAAUAACAGCAAUAGAGGCUGAACAUAUGCUGAAGAGAAAGCCUGAUGUAGUUACUCCAAACGGCUUGAAUGUUAAGAAAUUUUCAGCAGUGCAUGAGUUUCAAAAUCUACAUGCCAUGUACAAGGCCAGAAUCCAAGAUUUUGUUCGAGGUCAUUUCUAUGGUCAUCUCGACUUUGAUCUUGAAAAGACUUUGUUCCUUUUCAUUGCUGGGAGGUAUGAGUUUUCAAACAAAGGAGCUGACAUCUUCCUAGAAUCCUUAUCCAGGCUAAAUUUCCUGCUGAGGAUGCAUAAAAGUGACAUCACAGUGGUGGUGUUUUUCAUUAUGCCUGCCAAGACAAAUAAUUUCAACGUGGAAACCCUGAAAGGACAAGCAGUGCGAAAACAGCUGUGGGAUGUUGCACAUUCUGUGAAGGAAAAGUUUGGAAAAAAACUCUAUGAUGCAUUAUUAAGAGGAGAAAUUCCUGACCUGAACGAUAUUUUAGAUCGAGAUGAUCUAACAAUUAUGAAAAGAGCCAUCUUUUCAACUCAGCGACAGUCAUUGCCCCCAGUGACCACGCACAACAUGAUUGAUGACUCCACCGACCCCAUCCUCAGCACCAUUAGACGGAUUGGACUUUUCAACAACCGCACAGAUAGAGUCAAGGUGAUUUUGCACCCAGAGUUUCUAUCCUCCACCAGUCCCUUACUACCCAUGGACUAUGAAGAGUUUGUUAGAGGUUGUCAUCUUGGAGUAUUUCCAUCAUACUAUGAACCCUGGGGUUAUACUCCAGCUGAAUGCACUGUGAUGGGUAUCCCCAGUGUGACCACGAAUCUCUCCGGGUUUGGCUGUUUCAUGCAGGAGCACGUGGCUGAUCCUACUGCUUACGGUAUUUACAUCGUUGACAGGCGGUUCCGUUCUCCAGAUGAUUCUUGCAAUCAGCUGACUAAGUUUCUCUAUGGAUUUUGCAAACAGUCACGCCGCCAAAGGAUUAUCCAGAGGAACAGAACUGAGAGGCUCUCAGAUCUUCUGGAUUGGAGAUACUUAGGCAGAUAUUAUCAGCAUGCCAGACACCUGACAUUAAGCAGAGCUUUUCCAGAUAAAUUCCAUGUGGAACUAACAUCACCACCAACGACAGAAGGAUUUAAAUAUCCCAGGCCUUCCUCAGUACCACCUUCUCCUUCAGGGUCUCAGGCCUCCAGUCCUCAGAGCAGUGAUGUGGAAGAUGAAGUGGAGGAUGAGAGAUACGAUGAGGAAGAGGAGGCUGAAAGGGAUCGGUUAAAUAUCAAGUCACCAUUUUCACUGAGCCACGUUCCUCAUGGGAAGAAAAAGCUGCAUGGUGAAUAUAAGAACUGAAUUCUACAUGUGCUGCAUGAAGAGCUAAUUUAAAAAAGCAAAGUAAGACUAAUUAUUUAAAAUAAAAAUGCCACAAAUUUCAUUUUCUCCUUCUAAGUAUUACAAUGAAGUUUAUUCUCUGCCUAAAAAGUGGAAGAAAUUGAGUGAAUGGCAAUUUUGUAAUUUAGGAUAAGAUCCAAGUUAUUUUCCCCAACUCUUGUUUCCCCCAUAAAGUUAGGCAUGAGGAGGAGCACUCAUUCAAGGCAGAAGACGGAAAAGUGUUUUUAAAAUGGUGAAUUUAAGUGGUAAGGAUUUUCUCUUACUCUGUUUAUUUUUAAAUGAUCAUCAUAAUCCUUUGCUUAUCAUUUAUGCAGCUUCUCUACCCCACCACACAAAUUUCCCAUUUCCCCCCUGAAAACCUUGAUCUUACCCAUGAAUGUGCACUACCUACAUAUUUUAAAUAGCUAGGUUUUUACUGAUUAUUUUCAUUUUUCACUUGCAUCAGAACCAUGAUUUAGAUGUAGUUUUGCAGAGACAAAAAUCCAUGAGUGAAUAACUAUCCUAAGUCCAUAUUUUGAUGCAUAUUAAUGGACAUUUAUGUCACUUUUGAAAUCUAGAAUUGAUGUUGUAAUUAAUGCAAGAUAUUACCAUGUACAUGGUACCACCAUCUUACUGUAACAUUUUUCUAUUGUUUAAAUAGAAAGCCUUUUUAAAAUUUAGUCAAUCUUCAUAGAUGAUAACUUGUAAAAUCCAAGUAAAUAAAUACAUUAAUAUUUAAUAACUUAACUUUCACUGAUAAUGCCUUGCUUCUUCAUAGAUGAUAAGUUGUUAAAUCCAAGUAAAUAAACACAUUAAUAUUGAAUAACAACUUUCACUGAUAAUGCCUUCUUUAAAAAUUGUUUAGACAUUUGAAUAACAUGUGGGAAGCAGCUGUUAUGAAUAAUUCCUAGAGAAGCUAUCUUUUAAAAAAAUAGUUAGAAAAAAUAGAACAUCUAUUCAGUUGUAAUAAUGACAAUGUCUCAACAUAUUCUGUGAUGUGCAUAGAGUCAUAGAUGAAUGAUUAUUAAUUUAGCCGAUUUAUGUUUUAAGUGUAAUUAAGUCUAAAUUGGCAACAAAACAAAAACAACAAUCACACUCUUGGAUUGCUUUUUUUCUAACUAAGUAGUUAUUCACUGUGAGUUCCACUUAACUCACAGUGAGUUCCUUUAUUGACAUAUCAAUUGGCCUUGUUCUGAAGAGGCUCUAAAAAAGUUUUGGUCUUCUCAGUGCUGGAUUAUUGAUCACAAAAAUGGAAUAGCAGCAACGACAAGGUGUCAGAUGGUUCAAGACCAUUGGAAAACUGUAAUCCAGCCCUCCUAUUGCUGCAUUAGCUAGAAAAAAGUAGAAAACUGUUGGAUACAAGCAGCAAAUCAGACCAAAAUGGAAGAUAGCUGGAAAUUUACUUUACUUAGAUGUCCAGAAAGAAGAGAAAUAAUUGACCUAAAAUCUAACCUUUGACAAAUGCCCUGUGGAUGCCAAUUAACCGAGCAUCUGCAGAGCAAUUUGAAAUGCUCUGUACUGGAGAGUAGAAAAAAUAUGAGAAGGACUUAUAUUAUAGGCUCAUUCCCUGAAGUACCAGAAAGAUACUGUGAUAAACUAGGGUUCACUGUUACAAUAACCAUGAAAAUGUAACCCCAGUAAACUAGCUUAACAUGUCUAUUCAAAUGAUACUCUUGAUUGGUAACUGGUUGCUUGACUGUUAUUGAAAACAUGCCUACACAGUAAAAUACCUGAAGAUAUAA